AAUACUACCGUGACCGUCCCUAAUUGUGCGCAGCUCCUAAUUGUGCGCACUUUAAUAUUUUGUUUUCAUUUUGUUCAUGUUUAUCAUGAAUAUCGCAGCAUUGUAAUUUUUCUUCUUAUAAUUAUUGAAUAACAUAUCCGAAUUCAUUAUAGUAUCAAUAAUAUGUGGUUUUAAAUGCAUAAAAUAAACAAAAAACUUGAUCAACAACGCUGAAAACGUCAAAAUUUCGACUCCGUUAACCUUAACGUGAAUUUGGUGUUCGGAAUGUUUUCUUCAAAUUUUAAGUGGAACUAGACAAAACAAUUGCAAUAUUCACCAUAAUCAGUAAGAUAUAUUCGUUUCUGUCGUACUCACAUCAAAAAAUAACACUGGUAUGUAUUAUUUUGUGUGGAAAUGUCGAUUUUCUAAUGCGCACAAUUAAGCACCGUGAUUUUCGUUUAUGUUCCUAAUUAUGCGCAGACUUCCAAAAUGAAUCGCGAUCGCAAGAACAUGAAGUACAAUCGAAAUCAAAUUGUGCUGGCUGUGGAUCUGGUCAGGAGAGGAUACUCGAUUCGUCGAGCCGCAGCGAUGUACAGAAUCCCGGAGAGUACGCUUAGAAAAACGCUAGCCCGGGGCACUACUGAAUUGAAACAUCCAGGACGACCAACCGUCUUGACUAAGCAAGAGGAAGAGCGAAUUAUCAAUUGGAUAAUUUAGACGGCUAGAGCGGGCUUUCCAGUGGACUCCCAACGUCUGAAAACGUCAGUAGCCUUUUUUCUUAAAUCCACUGGAAGAGCAAGUUUCCUAAAAACGUACACACCCGGUCGAAAAUGGCUAUCAUUGUUUUUAAAACGACAUCCCAACAUUUCCCGAAGAAUCCCGAGUGCUCUUUCGAAACAGCGGACCUGUGUAACAGAAGGCAAAAUUCGGAGCUGGUUUGAGGAAGUGGGCCAGUAUAUUGAACAAACUGGCUUACAAGAUGCCAUGAAGGAUCCAGCUAGAAUUUUCAACAUGGAUGAAUCGUCUAUUCGACUUGUGCCAACAAAGGAGUGUGUUUUUGCCGAAACUGGCGAAAAAUAUGUGCACACUUCGAAUGCUAAUUCGGAAAAAGAGUGCUACACUGUUCUCUUUUCAGCUAGCGCCGCCGGUGUACUUGCUCCACCGAUGGUAUUAUUCCCAUACAAGCAACGUCUCCCUGCUGAAAUCGCUCACAGCGCUCCGGACGGUUGGUCCAUCGGGAAGAAUGUCUCCGGAUGGAUGACACAGGAAACAUUUUCCGAAUACCUUAAAAACGUUUUCCAUCCAUGGCUACUCCUAUCCAAGAUAGCGUUGCCAGUUAUAGUGUUUGUAGACGGUCAUAAGUCCCACGUUUCUCUUCAGACCACAGAGUUCUGUAGGGAAAACCAAAUUGUUUUAGUUUGUUUAUUUCCAAACUCGACACACGUUUUGCAGCCUCUGGAUGUCACAUUCUUCAGAGGACUGAAAGUAAAAUGGAAUAAGCGUCUCAUUGAUUGGCGUACUCAUCGUGCUGGUGACCCAUUGAGAAGACAUGAAUUUGCACCACUAUUGAAGCGAGCGGUGGACGAUAUGGUCGAUAAAAGUUCAACGUUGGCCAAUGGCUUCCGAAAGUGUGGUCUUUUUCCAUGGAACCCCGAUGCAGUUAACUAUGCUAUGCUGUUGACAAAGAAGAGCCCACAGAAAACAACCUCAGCGGAUUUGCCAAGUGAUUCGCCGCAAUCGGCAACAAAUUCCACGCAAAAUAUGGAGGCCAAAGCUACUUUGCUAGGAUUAGAAUCCUACCUCAGAGUUGCACAAUUGAAAAGAUUUGAGGACAGCUACUCAAAUGUAGUUUGGUCCGGUCCGGUAGGUGAUACAGGCUUGUUUUAUGUGUGGCAGGAAAUGAAACGUGAUGCUUGUGGAAACCAAAUCGAAGAAGAACCAGAAGAGACAUUCUACGGAUUUGACGAAUUGAACAUGAAUGAUGAACGUCGUAUUAUUAAUUCAAAAUAUGCAUCAAUCGGGGUAGAGCUGAUUCCAGGUUCUGGUGCAUCGACCCAAGAUCGACUACAGCCGGAAAUCGUCGGGCAUAACGCACCGAAAGACAUCUCACAGCAACCAAAAGCGUCUACCGAAGAUACUUUUGAACAAGUUUUUUCAAAACCGUCGGUAUCAGUUCCAUCAACCAAAUCGGUGAAGAAAUAUCGCACACGUGCACCUGCCGUGGCCACCAGUGAAGCAUUUCGGAAGUACUUCCAUGAGUUGGAGCAAGAUAAAAUUAAUGUUGAAUGA